UCACCCCCCACCUCACUGCGCUUCACUUUGUUCAAAAAUGGCAGCUGUCAGCUUUAUGUCAUGCAGAAUUGCUCAAACGGCCUUCUUCUCCACUUUAUUGCAAUUCGAUCCUCCUAUGCUUUUGUUGUUAUACAAGCCGCCCAACUCGCCUUCGCCCAUUCUCCAUGCUCCGAUAGUUGGGCUCUUGGCAGUGUAGAUUCGACCUGCUGCCUCGCUGCAAGGUGGAGAUGGAUUUCAGACCGAUCGGCCCCUCGGCUGGGCGCGGCGGCUGCGGCGAUGACUCCCUGCGAGGUCUCGCGUUUGGUAAAAAGAUCUAUUUUGAGGACGGAAGUGGCGACGGCAAUAAGGGUCCGCCGGCGAGGAAGGGGAGGGGCGUGCUGCAAGGAGGAGGAGGAGGUGGAGGAGGGCAGCAGCAGGCGACGCCGAGGCCGAGGUGCCAAGUCGAAGGGUGCGAGGCGGAUCUGAGCGGCGUGAAGGCCUACUACUGCCGGCACAAGGUGUGCGGGAUGCACUCCAAGGCGCCCAAGGUUAUCGUCGGCGGCAUCGAGCAGAGGUUCUGUCAGCAGUGCAGCAGAUUUCACCAGUUAACUGAGUUCGACCAAGGCAAACGCAGUUGCCGCAGACGCCUGGCAGGGCACAAUGAGCGGCGGCGGAAGCCGCCGUCUGGUCCCUUCAAUUCUUGCUACGGCCAGUUUCCGCGGUCCUUCCAUGAACCCAGCAGAUACAGAAGCUUUCUAAUGGACUUCAGUUACCCGAAGCAGGGUAGAGAUAAUUGCACUGAUAAUCUAGUGGCGUGCCACCAAUGGCACGAAGUGGUGGAUGCUCCAUCAACUGCAGUUGUUCCGGUGCUCCUCCGAGCCCAUCCAUACUCGCAAGGCUCGCCGGGCCAGAUUCUAUUAUCUUCGCCGGAACUUCCACCAAGCGAGUGCCUUGCAGGAGCUUUAGACGGCAGCUGUGCUCUCUCUCUUCUGUCAUCGACUCAGCCAUGGGGCAGUAGUACUAGCAGAAGCCAAGUUCCAUCUAUUUCUUCAUCCAACAGCUUCAAUCCCUUUUCCAACAAUUACAUGGCCAACUCCUGGGGCUUGAGGGAUCCUGGAAGUAGGAACCACUCACAAGAUACUAAACCCCUCAAUGAGCUGGGGGGUCGAGCUCAUUUUUCUGGUGAGCUUGAGUUGGCUCUGCAGAGUAGGCAGUACCUCGAACACGGUUACGGUCACUCCGAUCAUAUGAUCCACCACUUGUCUUUGUAGAUCAUAUUGGUCCACUUAUCCGUGGCAAUUUUGCAACUUCUAAAUGUUGAUCCCACUCUAGCCAUGGAAGUCUUAGUUGGCCUUCAUGCCAUUCUUGAGGGUAAAGAUUGUUACUCAAGAAAAUCUUUCCCAUCUAGUAAAUGCCAUUAUGUGGGUUUAUAAUGUUGAGUUUUCCCCAUGAUCAAAUGUUAGGAAAGCUUCAGUUUCA